GAAGCUGUGUUCUGAUGGCCGGGCCUGGUACUGAUAGUGCUGACGGUUCUGACGGUACUGACACCCUGUCCGCUGACACCGCCAGGCGAAGAAGAAGCACAAAGGUGGGGCACGCGCGGCUGAGCCCCAAUGAAGAGAUGCAGUUCGCUCGUGACGAGUUGGACCGACGGCGGAAGCUGCGAUUGCAACAGGUGCGGGAGCAGCAGCGGUACCUGGCGGUGUGUGUGCGUCAGCAGGUCGAGAGGCGGCGUCGGCAGCAAGAGUCUCACCUGGAGGCGGAGCUUAGACAGGAGUGGCGGCUGGAGCAACAACACCGGAAGAACACACUCACACACGAGCUCACACACACACUCCACGGCGUCGGACACGCUCACGCAAGCGCCAAGGAGAAUGAGCCUGACUGGGCGUGGCUUGCCCAGAAGAAGGCGGAGCAGAAGGAAAGAGCUGCACAGAGACACACCCACGCCCUCAAGGAGCUGAAGAUGCACACACACACACAGGAGCAGCAGCACACACGGCACAUUCAAGCGAGGAGGAAAGCUCUGGAAGUGGAGAAGAACAGGUCUGCCAAAGUAGCCAACAUGCCUACACCUCCUCCAGACCAUAUAGAGAGUGUUUUGGAGAAUGUUUCUCUGAAGAAGGGGGUCGUAGUGGAGCAGUACUCUUCCUCUCAUCACCACCUGCCGGAGACCACUGUGGAGACACACACACUGCAGGUUGAUGCGAAGGCAGCCGCAGAGGAGGAAGCGAAGCGAUUGGAUGAGCUGGACCAGGAGGAGACGCGUGAUAGGCUGGAACACUUGGAGAAGGCGCGGCUUAGAGGGGAACAUGCCCUCAAGAAGGAACAUCUCACACAGGAGCGGCAUCGCAUGUUGUUAGAUCUGGAACGCAUGCAGGCAGCUGAUUGGCAGAGAAGGAGGCACCAGGCUCCACCCGCCGUCUCCUCCUCCUCACACACACACACACACACACACACCCUCGCUGAUGACGGCCAGAGAAGACUGGAGCACGCCUUCCAGGACCUGUACACCAACGAGAGAAGGGUGAAAGGUGACUUGGUGUUGCAGCUCGUACCAGAGCCCCUCCCAGCUCCCUCUACCAGUAGCCAUGGCAACGACCUGGACUUAACCCUUGAUUCUGAUGUCACCCCUGUGGAGGAAGAGGAGGAGGAGGUGAAGGAGGAGGAAGAGGAGGAGAUGGAGGAGCUGAAGGAGGCGGGGCCUGCCGACAUGCCUAGCCAAUCUCAUGGACUGCAGAGGCUGCUGGAACGGAUCCGGUCUCAGAGGGAACACUGGAACUCAGCCCCAACAUCAUCAUCUCUGAGUCAGCAUCCCGUUGCCAUGGCAACACAACACAGUGAUGCCACUGCUCCCAUGGCAACACAGCACAGUGAUGCCACUGCUCCCAUGGCAACACAGCACAGUGAUGCCACUGCUCCCAUGACAACACAACACAGUGAUGCCACUGCUCCCAUGGCAACACAGCACAGCAGUGGAGAUGUUGCCAUAGCAACACCACUCAGUGAAGAUGAUGAUGUGGCCAUGAAUGGAUUGAGUAUUGAGAUGGGAUCUCCUGCAAGAACACACACACACAAUACAGGGCUGAGGGAGGAGUCUGUCUUGUCAGUGGAGCCGGAGCAGAGUCAGGAAGAAGAGGAGGUGCUAAAGCAGGAUUCAGGUGUUCAGGCCUGCACCACUGAAGACUCUCACAUUCUCCGGAUACAGCAGUACCAGCAGCAGCUACUGGAUCAAAGCAGGCAGCACAGGCAGAGUGUGGAAGAGGCUCGGCGGCGUCUGGAUGAGUACCAGCGCACCCUGGCGCUACGGCACCGUUCCGUUACCAUGACAACCACACCUUCCGCCGUCUCCACAGCAACAUCACCACAGGCCUCCGCCGUUCCCAUGGUCCUCUCUGGCCCCGCCCCUGCUCUCUCUCAGGUCCUCCUCCAGGAGGGGUCUGUGUGGGGCGUGGCUCUCCCGCCUCCUGCUGUGGUGCUGGAGAUGUUGAGGAACAAACAACAGGAGGGUAACAGCCUAAUCUCAGCUCUGCUCAGAGCCAUCCAGGAUUCCAGUGAGUCAGCCAAUCAGGGCGCAAGCUCCUCUCAGCUGACCAAUCAGGGCGCAAGCUCCUCUCAGCUGACCAAUCUCAGCGCUUCCUCCCCACAAGCAGCCAGUCACAGCACUCGGGAGGCCUCCUUAGUCCCGCCUCUGGCCAGUGCGCUGGUUUCCCAGAAUUCAGCGCUGCAUGAUUGGCAUCAACUGAGUGCCAUCCUAGAGGUGGACACACCCCUUAACUCUACAGUUGCAGUUCCUGACUCUGACGCCCGAUGCCAGAUGCCUGAGACUGAGUUUCUGUCCCCUCUAGAUCCUGGAAGCUUCACCACUACAAUCUCUACUGGCAGCUACUGCACCAGCUCUGUAGGCACAGAUCCCUCCCUCUGUGCUGGUGCUAGAUCUGGGGUGGGUGUGGUCUCUCCUUUUGGCUCCUCCCUCCAGUGCAGAAAGCGCAUUAUUGCCAUGGCAACGGAACACCGGAUGCCAGACAACAUUCAGCUGAACCAAGCAGAGAGCAACACGGGGUUGCACUCAUGGGCUCAGGUGCUUCAGGAGGCCCCAGGUGGUAACAGCAGUCCAGAUGCAGAGAGCUCCAUCCUGCAGUCUUCAGCCAUGUUCUUCCCGCUGCAGCCCCAGACAGACUCCUCGUCCUCCUCCUCAACACACUUACAGAUACGGGAUGACACUGUAAGCCUUAUCGCUCACCAGCUCUCAUGCCCCGCCUCCGCCAGCAGCCAAUCGGAUCUCAGCCUCCCCCGCCAUGCGUCCGCCAGCAGCCAAUCGGAUCUCAGCCUCCCCCGCCAUGCGUCCGCCAGCAGCCAAUCGGAUCUCAGCCUUCCGCAUUAUGCCUCCAACAGCAGCCAAUCAGAUCUGAGCCAAUCAGAUCUGAGCCAGCUGAUUGGUCAACUGUCCAGUCACUCAUCUCAGUCUGCCUCUGAUGGGCGGGGCUUGUCAGACUCGGCCUGUCGUCGGAUUGGUCAGGACAGCAGGGAGGAGCCCAGGGGGAGACACGUGAUUGGCCAGACAUCUGGGCAGGUGGCAGGUUAUUGGCUGGCAGAGGGGCGGGACUCUGGAACAAGCGUGCUGAUUGGUCGGGGCCCUACGCUACAGCCUGUACUGCCAGAUGACCUGCAGCAGAGUUUAGAUUCCUUCCAUCCGUUGGAGGCGGAGCUAACCCAUGGCCACCUAAGUGUUGAUUCAGAAGAUGGCCCCUCCCCUCUGAGAGCAGACCACGCCCACCUAUCCCAGCAGGCUGUGCAGGAUUCACUCUUCCAGUCGGCCGUGUCACUCGACCUCUUGCCACUGUCUGACUCCAGUCUCCAUGACGACCGCAGUCCCCAUGACGACCGCAGUCUCCCUGCCAGCCCCGCCCACACAAGGCAUCUCAUCAGCCAAUCGGAGGAGGAGCUGACCGCCAACAUGACGCUCUGGGAGCGGAUAAUGAAAACCCUUCAGAAGCUCCGGGCCAAACACACACACACAGCCUGA